AUGGCUUCUCUCAAUCUUCUUCACCUCCCUUCAACUUCUGUAUCCUCUUCUUCUUCUUGCUCUUUAUUUGCCAGGAGUUUUAUUCCUCGCAACAACUAUCUCACUCCAAAGGGUGGCAAUCAUGUCAAACAAUCGCUUAUUGUUAAAGCUGUUGCAGGUGACCCUUUUACCGAUGGAACUAUUCCAAUUCCUUCUAAUCCGUUUGAUGCCAUCCCCUCCUUGAAGCUCAAUCUUCUGAGUGCGGUUUCUGGGCUAAAUAAAGGUCUUGCAGCAAAUGAAGAAGACCUGCAAAAGGCGGAUGCUGCGGCUAAGGAACUAGAAGAUGCUGGAGGGUUAGUAGACCUCACAGAUAACCUUGAUAAAUUGCAAGGAAGAUGGAAACUGAUAUAUAGCAGUGCGUUCUCCUCUCGUACUCUAGGUGGUAGCCGUCCUGGACCUCCCAUAGGAAGGCUCCUUCCUAUAACUCUUGGACAGGUUUUUCAACGAAUUGACAUCUUGAGCAAAGACUUUGACAAUAUAGUGGAGCUUCAGUUCGGUGCUCCAUGGCCUCUUCCACCUCUCGAAGCAACCGCCACAUUAGCGCACAAAUUUGAACUCAUAGGAUCUUCAAAGAUCAAGAUAAUAUUUGAGAAAACCACGGUGAAAACAACUGGGAAUUUUUCACAGUUACCGCCACUAGAGGUACCUCAACUUCCAGAAGCAUUAAGGCCAAAAUCUAAUAGAGGAAGUGGUGAUUUUGAAGUUACAUAUCUUGACGCGGAUACUCGCGUCACGAGAGGAGAUAGAGGCGAGCUAAGGGUCUUUGUGAUAUCAUAA